AUGUCCGAACAACUGCAGACAACUGGGUACACAAUCCCUUUUCAGAAAUGCAAACACACCAAAUUUCUUCCGCUCAACGAGCCUCCAUUGAGACGAGGAGUCGUUGACAGAACCUGCUUUCACGUCACACCUGUUUACUAUCUGGGAUGGUAUAUUCCUGGAGACGAUAUUCCCGACUACUAUCCGGAAGCUGGAGGUGAAAUGCCGACCUUUUGGACGAAAGAGGUCAUGAUACCUUGGGUCAGAGAUUACGAUGCCAAGUAUCAGAGUAAUGAACGUCAUUGCUAUUUUCGACCAGAAUUGGCAUAUGUGACUGGAACAAAGGAACCACAUCUUUUGGUCUUUAUAUCUAGCAACCGUACCCAGGAGUUCAUUGAUAUGAGUCGGAAUGAACACUUCAUUCAAGAUGCUGCUCGCAUUGCUCAUGUCAAAGAUUUCUUUGGUGAAGUGAGGUGGAUUCGCCGCGCCAAUGGGGUUUUGGCCGGGGGGGGGUCGAAAUCUUUGCAACCAGGGGGGCGAUCCCUUCGGGAGUUUUUUUCUUUCAAAGGAAAGGAGAAGGGGAAAGGGGGACGGGGAGUAAGGUUAGGAGAAAUUCCCACGGGCGAUCACUUAGGGUUACACAAAAAAUCCCACACUCACAUCCAUCUUGCACACAUUUAUGGAAUGAACGGCCAGGGUUUGAAUCCCAGUCAAACCCCGCAAUGGGAAUAUCCGGUCAAAACGGCUGAAAUCCGUGAGAGUAUGACCACGUCUGGUGAUGACGCAAAGUUCAUCUUCUACUGGUCACCACGAACCAGGUCCACACCGUUCUUGAGGAGCUCAAAAGGUUUUAACAUACAAUUUAUCGCCGUGGCCAGGGUGAAUAAGAGGAUGGUUGCAAGGAUAUAUGGCUUCCCAGGGUGUAAACUUCUGCCAAAAGAUGUGGACGCUGAGACCAAAGAGCAAUAUUACACGUUAGAAUGGCAAGCACCAUAUUAUAGUAAAUCAAACUUUUUGAUUGAAGUCGAUACAAGAGGAAAAAAAUGGCUUGAACUUCUUUGGUGGAUGGUGGAACUUUCGAACAUUAUGAUCUAUGCUCAUACCGCAUACACGUCGGACGGCUUGUACAGGCUUAGAGAUCUACUUAUUUUCUCUUUUACGAGCCUAAUCCGCGCACCAAUGGGACAGUACUGGAGAAUAAUGAACAUUGAUAACGAGGAAUCCACUGGGAGCCUGGGAAAACUAGGGGAAUUUUUCUGGUACUCAAGCCGGAUUAUCAGCCAGGGGUUGGUCAGACUCAAUCACCAAGUGCUGAACGAGUGGCAUCAUGAUGAAUUUGCUAUGCUGUGGGAUUUCUUGCAGAAUAUCUCUGCAGUCCAGGAAGAAAUCAGGGGAAAGAGUGAUGCUGGAGAAAUCGAGGUCCAAGAUGACGAGUCUUACAUCAACCUCAUAACGUCCUAUCUGAUCAUGGAGAAAGUAUUCAUUGAUUUAUUCCCCAAAAAGAGCCCGAAAAUAGUGUACUAA